GGCGGAGCAAAGUGUUUGUGCAGGAGGGGAGUCGAGCAGAGAGAGCUGCUUUUUCACAAAACGGGAGUAGAGGAGAGAAACAAACUAAAGUAUCGAUCAUAAACCACUACCAACGUCCUGAUCGAUAUCUGCAUCGAUCUGCCCACCCUUGUCUCCUGGAUCGUAGCUGAGAUCAGCGUGAACCACGUGGGUCUCUGCUCCCUGAUCUGUUUCCUGUGUUUGGAAAGAGUUGCAGCUUCAUCGCGGAGUUUCUCUCGGUUUGUGGGCUCAUCUAAAGGGAUAAAAUACAUAUCUAUACUUUUGUGUCCCAGCUGAGUAACAGGAGGAGAAGAGUCUGGUGGAGCAGCAGAGGAACAGUUUCAGCCAUUUGGACUCAGCUCAGCCACUACAGAGGAAACAAUGACUUCAACACAAAAGGACCAACAUGGAGCAAGACGUCAGCGCUCUCAGGAGGCCGACAAACCUCACAGAAAAAAGGGAAAGAAAAAAUACAGCUGUGAUGAGUGUGAGAAGUAUUUUACUAGGAAGUCAGACCUGAAACGUCAUCAACUCAUCCACAGUGCAGUUAAAGCAUACAGCUGUGAGGAAUGUGGUAAAGAUUUUCCUUGCAGUAGUGACUUAAAACGUCAUCAAGUUACCCACUCUGGAAUUAAAGCGUACAGCUGUGAGUUGUGUGGAAAGUCUUUUACCCAGGCUGGAAGCUUAAAAACACACCAACUCAUCCACAGUGGAGUUAAACCGUACACUUGUAAUCAGUGUGGUAAAGCUUUUGCUUGCAGUAGCAACUUACGACGUCAUGAAGUUACCCACUCUGGAAUUAAGGCGUACAGCUGCGACAUUUGUGGAAAGUCUUUUAACAAUCCUGCAAACUUAAAAAGACACAAAGUUGUCCACAAUGGAGUUAAAGCGUACAGCUGUGACUUGUGUGGAAAGUCUUUUACCCGGGUUGAAAGCUUAAAAACACACCAACUCAUCCACAGUGGAGUUAAAGCGUACAGCUGUGAUCAGUGUGGUAAAGCUUUUGCUCGCAGUAGCUACUUACGAUGUCAUCAAGUCACCCACUCUGGAAUUAAGGCGUACAGCUGUGACAUUUGUGGAAAGUCUUUUAACCAUCCUGCAAACUUAAUAGCACACCAACUUGUCCACAGUGGAGUUAAAGCGUACAGCUGUAAUCAGUGUGGUAAAGGUUUUGCUCGCAGUAGCAACUUACGACGUCAUGAAGUUACCCACUCUGGAAUUAAGGCGUACAGCUGCGACAUUUGUGGAAAAUCCUUCCGCUGGCUAGUCAGCAGAAAUAUCCACCAACGCAUUCACACUGGCAAUGAUGUUUGGUUCUGUGAUCAGUGUGACAAACUGUUUGUGACAUACAAAGACCUACAGGAGCACAUGUUUACCCACACUGAGGAGAGACCUUACAAAUGUGACCUGUGUGAAAAGGCUUUUAAAACUCCACGUUCCCUGAAAUCACACCAAAAGAUUCACAGCAGAAAGAAACUCUACAAGUGCAGUUACUGUGAGAAACAGAGCGACACAGAUGGAUCCAGUUCUCAACCCUGUCGUCGCUGUGGUGGUGGGAAAGCGUUUCGUUGUGACCUUUGUGGAAAAACUUUCAGUAAUCAAGAGAACCUAAAUCGACACCAACGUAGACACACUGGAGAGAAAAUGAACUACUGCAAAGAAUGCGGAAGAGGCUUCCCCACACCAAGUAUAUUAAAAACGCACAAACUCUGUCAUCAAAGGAUUAAAAAGCAUGUCUGUGACCAGUGUGGGUCAUGCUUCACCACUGUAAGUCAGCUUAAUGUACAUAAAAGAGUCCACACAGGAGAGAAACCAUAUAAGUGCAGACACUGUGACAAAUGCUUCUCACAUUCAAGUCGUUGUAAUGAUCAUGAAGAUACACACAUUGAAGGGAACUUCAUCUGUGACCAGUGUGACAAGAGCUUCAAGAAUCUCAGUUCAUACUCUGAACACAAACGAUCCCACGCUGUGAAAAAACUGUUUCACUGUUACCAAUGUGCAAAAACAUUCACUUCAUUAUCUGCUCUGUGCAAACAUCAGCGUGAUCAUGAGACUGGCUGAAAUCAUUCUCAUCAUUAAAAAUUGGUUCAUGAUGAAUCUGAAGAGACAGACAGUGUUGUUGCAGUUUCAAAAGUUUGUUGUGAAAGCUACUGUAACUUCUGCUGAAAUCCCUGCUCUGUAAUACAUCAACUCUUUCAUGUUUUCUUUAAUGUUUCUUUGAAUUUUAAUGCUAAAAAUGUUAUUCUAAUUACAUUAUAAUCUUUUCUCCUCUUGGAAACAGUAGUAUUUAAUAGUAAAAAUAAUAGUAGUAAUAAUAAUCAUAGUAUAGUAGAAGUAGCAUAUGAAAGAAAUGUCUGACUGAUCUAUUAAUUGGUUUUGUAUCACAGGUCUUCAAGCUGACCCACUGUAAAAUCUAAUUAGUUCACAGAACUAUGUAAACUCGUUGCCUCAAAAAAAACUAAGUAAAGCUUACUUAAGAUGACUGUUAAGACAACUUAUUCAUUGCAAGUCUGCAGCAUUAAGAAUAACUUGAUAUUUCUGUUGAACAUUUCAAGUUCAACUAAAUGAAAAAAAAACUAUUUGUGGUAACCUGAGUUUGAUUAAAAAUAAUUAACAACACUUUUUGUAAUGACGUUAAAAUCAGCCCAACUUUUAUUUUCAA